AGCCAAGCCGGCGCUCGUGCAGGCGCUCCGAGAGCUGCUGCCACGCCAAGCAUCAGAGCAAUGCGUUACCAGCAUUUCGUUCUCGCCUGCACACUGCUUCAGCAGGGCCAGCCAUUUGCACCACCACUAUGCGUCCGCAAGCAGUCAGCUGUGCUGAGAGCAAGCAGUGCAGAUGACAAUACGGAUGAAAAUGAUGCCGACGAGGCCGCACGAAUCGCAGAAAUGCGCAAACGCAUGGAAGGCAUGUUCUCGGGCGCCGAGGCGGAAGCUGCGCCGGCGACCGAGGAUGCGCCCGCGCCAGCCGCCGCCCCAAAACCGCCGCGCCUCGGCCGUGGGACGCCACGAUGGACGCCGCCGAAGCGGCGCGCCGUGACGAAGGCCCAGGACGCGGAGCCAUUCACGCGACGGGAGGUCCGGGGCGGCCGCGACGUCGUCCAGGAGCGACGGCGGAACGACGACAACAUCCCGGGCCUCGUCAAUUUUGCCAGCGACCCGCGGACGUUCGCGGCCGGCGGGGCUAUCGUCGCGCUGUCGUUCGUGCUCUACGUCUACGCGUUCCUCUCGGGGGGAAUCAACGACGGUACGGCGCGCUACGCCGGCGACCCCGAGACGAUGGGCAGCGGGUUCGACUUCUUCGCGUCGGAACCAGACGAUCGACCGGGCGAGCGCGUGUGGAUUUAAGA